GAAUAACUUAUUGGCAUGUAAAUAAUAAAAACAUCGCGUUUGCGGACUCUACGGUUCGUCAGCCUAUCGAGACAACGGAGGAACCCAAAAGUAAAGUCCACAUACCAAAUCAAAUAAAUUUAUAUAAUGGAGCAAGAGCGAGACUUGUGGGAUUAGGCAUAAGGACGCUGUCAUUUUUACAAAUGAAGGUUUAUGUUAUUGGGAUGUAUAUUUCCGAAGAUGGUAUUGAAAUAUUGAAAAACUGGAAGGGAUACGAUAAAGAAAAAUUUUUGUCAAUUGAUGAUGAAUCAUUGGCUUAUGAAUUGUUGAGUCGUCCUGUAGACAUCGCGAUUAGGAUAGAGCCCGUGAGGAAUACCAAUGGACAACACCUAAGAGAUGGAUUUGCUCGUGCGCUUACAAACAGAAUGCACGAUGGUUAUCUGAACGAGGAUGAGGCUGAG